AUGAAUCCUGUACGAAAAAUGAAGAUUAUCGUGGCAAUGGAUGUCGAUGCAGGUAUUGGAAAAAAUGGGAAUCUUCCUUGGGCACUGAAAAAAGAUAUGAAAUUCUUUGCUGAUACAACGAAACAUGUUAUGGAUAGCACAAAAGUAAUAUCUAGUUUUUUUUCAUAGAAGGUUUAACUUUCAAUUUUCAGAGAAAUGCCAUUGUUAUGGGUAGAAAAUGUUGGGAAAGUAUCCCAGAGAAACGAAAACCACUUCCUGGUAGAUUAAAUGUGGUUCUCUCUCGUUCACAGCCUGAAAAGAUUGAAGAUAAUUUGAUCUUUGUGUGAGUUCCUUGCACCUCAUUGUUACUUCUAAAAAAGACAAAUAUUCAGAAAUGACUUCGAUAAAAUGAUGAAUUUGUUAUCUUCCGAACCAUAUAAAUCACAAAUUGAAACAAUUUGGAAUAUUGGCGGUGCUGAAAUUUAUCAGAUGGCUUUGGAUAAAGAAUUGGUCAACGAGAUGUAUGUUACACACAUAUAUAAAAAGUUGGUUACUUUUUUAAUUUUCAUAUUCACCUUUGUUAACCGAAUUAAUUACAGAUAUGACACUGAUGUUAGUCUCUCCACUAUCGAUUUUUCAAAGUAUGAAAGACUGAAACUUCAAGAUGAUGAAAAUACUUCGAAUGUCGUUGAAGAAAAUGGUGUUCGAUUCGAAUUUUGCAGAUGGAAAGUCUAA